AUGAAGAUUGCAUCUUUCAAUACUUUAGGAUUUGCUCUUUGUAUACUUGUCGCUGCAUCUUUAGUUUGUGGUCAAGCGGAUGUCAAAACUACCGCAACUCCCAGUAAUACUCCUGAUGCUACAUCCAAAACCCCCGAGCAAAAAGCUGCAGAUCUGAAAACAGCAAACGGUGUACUAAAUUCGGUCUCAGCUGGAUUGGGUGCAGGAGGUUUAAUCCUUCCUUCAUUUAUCUUGAAAGCAGUUGCAGAUGGAGUAGGUCAAAUCAAAACUCGACGUUCAAUCAAACUUGAGCGCGAUUAUUGA